AUGAGCAUUAUAUUGGCAUCUGUACUAUUACUUUUCAUUUUGCACCUCUUUGUGGCAAUGCAGCAAACUAGGUUCUAUAUUUCUGCGUUUGUGGCAGCGUCCGGUGCAGCGCCUCAAGGGUAUGAUAUUUCCAAGCCGUCGGGACCUGGAUUAUCCUUCGGUUCCGGAGGUUCUAGUGGUUCCACAGGAGGUGGAGGUUCUUCCUCUGGUUCCGGAUAUUCUAAUGGAGGUGGAGGAUCUUCAGGAGGAUGCAAAGAGGGGGAAAUACUUCACGUGGACGGCACCUGCGUCGUCCCUGAAAUCACUAGAAACGUAUAUCUUUACGAUGCGCCUCAGCAGUCGCAAAAUACUGGAACUCCUCCAGAUAUACCCCCACCAAAGGUUGAUUACAACAUCAUCUUCGUUCGCCUUCCCGAAGGUGGAGCAGGGCCUGAACCCAUCAUUAUUCCACCUCCGAGACAAGAGAAUAUCGUUUACGUCCUUAACAAGAAUGGAGGAGCAGGAGCCCAGCGUGUGAUAGAGGUUACAACUCCACCGUCAUCUAAUCCUGAAGUUUAUUUCGUUAAUUAUGGUGAAGGAGAAAAUCCUACUCUUCCCAUUGGCGUCGACCUACAAACUGCUCUUAAUGCUGCUACGGAAGCCAGUGGUCAGGUAGUUGGAGGGGCAGCAGGAGGCCAAGGAGGCAGUGGGAAUGUUGGUGGUGCUAACGGAUACACAGGAAAUGGAAAUAAUGGUGGAAGUGGAUUUUCAGGUAGUGGAGGAUUUGCUACAGGUAACAGCGGAUCAAGAGGGAAUGGUUUCGGGGCUUCAGCUGGAGGCAGUUCCGGAGGACAGUACAGUGCUCCCGUCAGCAAGGCUACUACUCCAUCCAGGCAUUAUUCAGGACCCUGA